GACGGCCAGCUGAUCGAGUGCGGCUGCUGCUACGGGGAGUUUGCGUUUGAGAAGAUGACGCAGUGUUCAGACGGCCACCUGUUCUGUAAAGAGUGCCUGGUCAAAUACGCUCAGGAGGCAGUGUUUGGCUCCGGAAAGUCGGAGCUGAGCUGCAUGGAGGGGGGCUGCCCGUGCUCCUACCCGGUGUGUGAGCUGGAGAAGGUCCUCCCGGAGAACAUACUGUGUAAAUACUACGAGAGGCAGGCGGAGGAGGCGGUCGCUGCCACCUGUGCUGAUGAACUCGUGCGGUAA